CAUCAGUAAUGGAUAGGGCACGAUUUGAUAUGACACUUGCUACUCACCAAUGCUUCUCGAGUUGCCAAGAACAAACUCAACCAAAGUGUGUCGCGGUGAAUUUCAACACUGAGAAUGCAACGUGUGAACUUCUUUCCACACAGCCCGUGUACUUAUUCGAUCCUUACAUAAUACCCGAUGAGAAAUGGGCAUUGUAUACAGAAAAAAAACUAGCGACACUGCCCUUGCAACUUCUAAAGGACUGUAGUGAUGAUUACCCAGGCUACACAGGCACAACGACAAUCCAAACAACGAUGAAAGAACAUUUGAAG